AUGGCAAAGGAGAUGCGUGCGUUCGCGCGCAAGGCCCCCCAGGAAUCAUGUGUACGUGGCCAAGAUGACCACGCGGCUCGCAGCCCCGUCUGGGCCAUCCUCACUACCGUCCUCGCCUUAGAGUUCAGCAUCGGAACUAAAACCUGCUGCUCUGAAGGUGCCAGCAUCGGUGAGGGAAUUUAUCAAUGGUGGGUUCAGUACAGUAUCUGCUGCUAUGUUAUUUGCAGCCAGAGAAGAUAUAUGUUCAUGCCAUUUUCUUAA